AUGGAUAUCACGGAGCAGGACGAGCUAUCUCCACCGGUGGAGGGAGCUCCAAUAUCAAAGGCAAAGGGCCGUCCAGAUCAUCUCAUGAAGCGUGUCUCGAGGGCGUGCCUACAUUGUCGACAGCGCAAAUCUAAGUGUGACUUAGAUGCAAGCGGUAGCCCUGGUGUACCGCCAUGCCAGCGAUGUAUUCGAGAUCGUCGAGACUGUGUUCUCGGCGGUUCGAAUCGAGGAGGUCGUCGCAUUCGCAAAAAUAAAAUCAAAAACUUCACUCCAGAUACGAAACAACCGACCCAGAAGAAACCAGACUUGGAGUCGGCCAGCCCGACAGAGUCAGAAACCAUUCAACAGGCCGCCAGCUCAUACCCGGGCCCGGUAGUUUUCGUACCCACUAAUCCUCCCGCCCAAGCGGUAGCGACAGCGACGUCGGUAUCGGUUGAUGAUGAAGAUGCGGCAUCUAUCGGCUCGGUACCUCGAAACCCAUCUGAUGCGUGGCAAUGUUUGACCGACAUUGCGAAACGAGGGACCGAGGGGCCCAGUCCCGCAACCACGGACUCUGUGCGCACCGGCACGGGCGGAUAUUCAGUAUACAGCGCACUCCAGAAUGGCGAUGUAACAGGCUUCCAAACAAAGACCGGAAUCAAGACCUACAGACUGGUGCAGUCGCGGUCUCUUGAUCCGGGAACUGUCUGGCAGCUUGUUGCUCGCUACGCUGAACAUUUCCAUCCAUAUCUUCCUCUAGUACCACGAAAGUAUUUCUCUCGGACAACCUUGGACGCUUUUGCCAACGAUGAGAAACAUCUCCUCACGGCGGUUCUCACGAUCGCAUCAAAAGACUUGGUCGAGCGGCCGGAGAUUCACGAGUACUGCUCCAAAUACAUGCACGAAUUGAUAUCCGGCAUUGCAGCCGGGGCAGAUUGUGAUGUGGAGGCUGUGGAAGCGUUGCUUUUACUCGCUGAAUGGGAACCGCAGGGUCUAAGACCAAAAAUCGAGCGUGUAGGGCGCGGUGAGGAGGACAGAGCCGCUUGGAUGCAUGUUGGACUUGCGCUACGCUCCGGCUAUUUUCUUGGACUCGACAGAACUUCAUUCCGUGGGGAUGCCUCCGGGGACACAGAAGCAGAGGAGCGCAGGCGAUUGGCAUGGACCAGCUGCUAUAUCUCGGACCGACUUAUUUCUGUGAGGAUUGGUCGUGCGUUCUGGUCGCGAGGCCCAGGUCCAAUGACUGGACUUGUCAGCCAGGAUUUCCCAUCACUUCAACCUAUUAAAGACGGUGACGAGGAUUACGCGCAAAUAUUCCAGGCAACCCUGGAUCUCACUCAGCUCUACGGAAAUGUCCACGACCUUCUCUACUCUGGAAUGCGAACAAGCAGCCAGAUGAUGCUGAUGGGAGAUUACGUGAAAUACGUGGAUGAUUUCCGGCUCGCGAUUUUACGGUGGAAGUCACGUUGGGGCUCUUUGAAAUGCUCUACGCCCAUGCGGACUACCCUGGAGCUGUCAUACGAGUAUUUGAGGCUUUACACCAAUGCGUUUGCCUUUCAGGCCGCAAUUUCUCAGUCCUUAUCAAAACAGAAAAAUGACGGUCAAUCUCAACGAGAGCAUUUGCGGGCAACCUUUGAUAACGUGGCUUCAAUGCAGGAUGCUCGGUUUAUCAUCGAAUCGUUAGAUGCCGCCAAAGCCUAUUUGACAAUUCUCGUGGAGACUGCGGAUCCUGAGAAACAUCUUCACUUUAUGCCCCUUAGGUUCUACCUGUAUGGAAUUUAUGCAGCAGUCUUCCUAUACAAGGCACGGUCGUUCGGCGUCAUGCCGCCUGCAGAGGAAAUGAGCGUCCGCGAUCUCGUCAGUCGAACGACAGAAGUACUGAAUCGAGCCAGUGCUGGACCAGACGACAUUGGAGCGCGUUAUUCUCGACUUCUCGAACUUCUAUGGCGGCCUAAACCGACUGCCCCAGCCUCGCCAGCAGGCACUCAACAAGGCAAUGAUGUCAUAAUGCAAAACACUAACCCUAUCUCGAACUGCAUGCCCGACCAGGACGGCUAUGUGCAUUUCAGCCCUGCAAAUGAUUUCUCCUGGCUAGAUCUCGAAGCCGUAGGAGACUACGUCUCUGGAGAUCCCGGUGCGUUGUCGCUGGAUGCUUUCCAAAGCACUGGUUUAUACACAGGCUCUGAUCGAGCAUGGCAGACCCCAAUGUGGUCGGGCGAUAUGACCAAUACUCUUCUGUUCUAG